AUGUCUGCCCAGUUCCAAACGCCACGAAACCCGCACUUCUAUGUGAAGACGGCUCGGAUUGCUGCCAACAAUCAAAUAAUGCACUGUGCGGAUGUACAAAUGGCAAACCGAGCGGCUCCGCUCAAUUUUCAUCAGCCGGACUUUGCGCCAAAUGGAGGACAACCACCGGACUACAUGAGCACCAACCCGGCGUAUCCAGUAAGUGUUCACCAGAAGGCGUCUCAGGUCGUGCCUGUGAAACGAUAUGCUCAACCGCUGAAAAGUGUGCAGUCGAACGGAAAGCUCGUGCCGGUUCGAUUGGAUCAGGCUCACGCGAAUCCCCAGGCUCAGGUUCGAGUGGCUCGGAUGGCUCGGGUGGCUCCUGUCCACCGUCAGCAGCCGGCGCCCAUUGCUCGCCGCCAAGUGGUUUCGAAGGCGGUGAAGCCGGGAAUGCAGCGGCCGCCGAUGCAACAACAACAGGCCGCGCCGAAACACCGAAACGUCCGAUUCUUCUCCAUCAGGAACUGCGAGAGCGACGUCGAUUUCAUCAAUCAGUUUUUCGUCACGCCGCCCUUCCCGAACGCCAAAUAACUGUGUCAAACACGCUAAUGGUAUGUGUGCUAUUCAAAUUUUAGAUCUCGAUUUUCAUUUGCUCAUUUCCAGACUUCUUCAAAUAACCUCCUGGACCACUUCGACCUCUCCGUCAUCGCUAUCCAAUCACACUUCUAA